UCAACUCAAUCUCCAAGUGUUUACAUCAAACCACCGGCAUUAGAUUAGAAUCCAUUUCGUAGUCCGUCGUCCUUGAAACGAACACCAAACGACUUUAGAAGUGUUCGAGUUUUGAGUAGACUAUCGGUUUUGUUGCCAGUGAUUCCGAAUUUCUAACUAACCGUUUAAAAAGAUCUCAAAAAUGAUGAACAUUUCAAUGGGCUUUGCUUUAUUAGUGUUUGCGACAAUCGCAUUGUCAUCAGAGUCGAUGACUGAUGCAAGGCCACAAAACACACCUGAUUCCAACCAGAGCGUCGAUCCCAUUGAUACAGACAUUGAAGAUUUGCGAAGCCUUUACUAUGAUGUGCCUGUUCAGCAAAAUUUGUACCCCAAUUUGCCCAUAGAUCGUCUCCAAAUGAUGAUAGCCCAAUACAGGCCUACUGCAUAUUUGCGUUCUCCAUCAUCGAAUGAACUAUAUCGUCUGCCAGAAACUAAACGCCAGGUCAGGUAUCGACAAUGCUAUUUCAAUCCCAUCUCAUGCUUUAGGAAGUAAACUGUUUCGCAUCGCAAGAAACUUGUCGUGAACUCUGCACUGCAACCAAACCAAUCGAAAAGUAGACAUGCAACAAAAAUAAACAAAAAAGGAUUAACAUUUCAAGAAAACGUUUGCCAUAAUCGCCAAUUCCCUAGUCUUCAGCUCAAACAGGCACUCCCGAAAUGCUUCAAAGAUGUUCGCUGAAUGUGCUCGUACCCAAAUGUAUAGUAUUUUUUGCCCGUUUCCACCCCCCACAAUUAGAAUACUUAGUCCAAGCACCACUGUAAUUCCCAAGUCAUCUUUAUGUAUAGUACUUAAGGUAAUCCUAGGCUGAAGACGCGUUGGAAAUGUAAAUUAUCAUAAACAGAAAAAAAAAUUUAACCAUUUUAUUUAUUUGUAAUCUAAGCAACGAACAUGUAAUCAAGCGAUCUAUAUCAACCGCAUACAUUCUGAUAUGCAGUAUGGUAUGCAUAUGGUGUGUGAUACCCCUUUAUAUAUAUACAUAUGUAUUACUGAUCUCAUUACCACCAUUCCCGUUUGCUGGGUUUUCGCCAUUCAAAAAAAUAUUUUAAAUUCACACAUUUCUCCGUAAAGAAAACACAAAUAUUUGUACAAAAUAAACGAGAUUCAACCAAAGUUAUCAACACAAAGAAACAUACUGAUAAUCUUUUAUAAAUUAAGCCAUUCCAUAAAAUUACGAUGUAAUCAUUAAAAAGUCACAAUAAAUGUUUUAACUUUUA